AUAGCAGUUCCUCAUGUAGCGGGGCGCGGAGCCCGGCUCUCCCAACUCAAGAUGGCGGAUGAGAGUGAGACAGCAGUGAAGUCUCCGCCGCCGCCGCCGCCACCUCCGGCGCCGCAGCUGAUGGAAGGGAACGGGAAUGGCCAUGAGCACUGCAGCGACUGUGAGAACGAGGAGGAGAACAGCUACAACCGGGGUGGUUUGAGCCCAGCCAAUGACAGUGGAGCCAAAAAGAAGAAAAAGAAACAGAAAAAGAAGAAAGAGAAAAACAAUGAAACUUUGGAUUCUGCCCAGGACCAGCCUGUGAAGGUGAACUCUUUACCAGUGGAGAGAAUCCAAGAAAUACAGAAAGCCAUUGAGCUGUUUUCAGUAGGUCAAGGACCUGCCAAAACGAUGGAAGAAGCCAGCAAGCGUAGUUACCAGUUUUGGGACACCCAGCCUGUACCUAAGCUUGGAGAAGUGGUGAAUACCCAUGGUCCCGUGGAACCUGACAAAGACAACAUUCGUCAAGAGCCCUAUACCUUGCCCCAGGGCUUCACCUGGGAUGCCUUGGACCUAGGGGACCGAGGUGUGCUUAAAGAACUGUACACUCUCCUGAAUGAGAAUUAUGUGGAAGAUGAUGACAACAUGUUCCGAUUUGAUUACUCACCAGAAUUCCUUUUGUGGGCUCUUCGUCCCCCAGGAUGGCUCCCCCAGUGGCACUGUGGAGUCCGAGUCAUCUCAAGCAAGAAAUUGGUAGGCUUCAUCAGUGCCAUUCCUGCAAGCAUCCAUAUCUAUGACACAGAGAAGAAAAUGGUAGAGAUCAACUUUCUGUGUGUCCACAAGAAAUUGCGUUCCAAGCGGGUGGCACCAGUGCUGAUUAGAGAGAUAACCCGAAGAGUCCACUUGGAGGGCAUCUUCCAGGCUGUUUACACUGCUGGGGUCGUACUACCCAAACCUGUCGGCACUUGCAGGUACUGGCACCGGUCCCUUAAUCCACGGAAGUUGAUUGAAGUGAAAUUUUCACAUUUAAGUAGGAACAUGACCAUGCAGCGCACCAUGAAGCUGUACCGCCUCCCAGAGACUCCAAAAACAUCUGGGUUAAGGCCCAUGGAAAAGAAGGACAUUCCAGUGGUGCACCAGCUCCUGACCAAGUACUUGAAGCAGUUCCACCUGACCCCCGUCAUGAGCCAGGAAGAAGUGGAACACUGGUUCUUCCCUCAGGAGAACAUCAUUGAUACUUUUGUGGUGGAGAACGCAAACGGUGAGGUGACGGAUUUCCUGAGCUUCUACACUCUGCCCUCUACCAUCAUGAACCACCCAACCCACAAGAGCCUGAAAGCUGCUUACUCCUUUUACAACGUUCACACCCAGACCCCACUUCUAGACCUCAUGAGUGACGCCCUGGUCCUCGCCAAAUCGAAAGGAUUCGAUGUAUUCAACGCACUGGAUCUCAUGGAAAAUAAAACAUUCUUGGAGAAGCUGAAAUUUGGGAUCGGAGAUGGCAACCUGCAGUAUUAUCUCUACAAUUGGAAAUGCCCCAGCAUGGGAGCAGAGAAGGUUGGACUGGUGUUGCAGUAAUCAGCUGCCAAUGAAAAUUGGACAAAGCCACUGAGAAUUCAGAGCAGGACAUGGAACCCGCCGCUGUUGGUCUGAUUUUCAUGGAAGCGAGAAUCCCCAGCUGAGGGAACAGAACCGAACCAGCUACACCAAACAGCCACUGACUUUGACAAUUGUAUCACAACGGCAUAGGCUGUCACUUCUGGUGGCUUCUCUGGUCUCUGUUUUCCAAUUAAUUACAUCCUCAUGCAGCCAUGAUCAAGGGAAUGUAACUGCUGAAACUAGCUCAUGAUUGGCAUAUUAUGGAGUUAACGGGUGAAUAAUAAAAAUAUAUAUAUUAUA